AUGUUUCACAGAGCUAAUACAACUAUAUACCAACCACCUCUUCUUCCUUUUAAGGCUAACCUGGCUAAGCAGGAAGGCCGUUUAGCAGUGGCUAACGCUGAAUUAGGGAAGGCACAGGCACUGCUGGAUGAGAAGCAAGCUGAGCUAGAUAAAGUACAAGCAAAAUUUGAUGCAGCAAUGAAUGAGAAAAUGGAUUUGCUUAAUGAUGCUGACAUGUGCCGGAAAAAGAUGCAGGCAGCUUCCACUCUGAUCGAUGGACUGAGUGGAGAAAAAGUCCGGUGGACCCAGCAAAGUAAAGAGUUCAAAGCUCAGAUUAAUAGACUUGUAGGUGAUAUUCUGCUGUGCACAGGAUUCCUUUCCUACCUUGGUCCUUUCAAUCAGAUAUUUAGGAACUAUUUGCUUAAAGAUCAAUGGGAGAUAGAGUUGCGAGCACGGAAAAUUCCUUUCACUGAAAACCUGAAUCUUAUUUCAAUGUUAGUGGAUCCUCCAACUAUUGGUGAGUGGGGGCUGCAGGGACUACCGGGAGAUGAUCUCUCAAUUCAGAAUGGUAUUAUUGUGACAAAGGCUACCAGAUACCCACUCCUCAUAGACCCACAGACUCAAGGCAAAACUUGGAUUAAAUCAAAGGAAAAAGAAAAUGAUUUGCAGGUGACAUCUCUGAACCAUAAAUAUUUCCGCACACACUUGGAAGACAGCCUUUCCUUGGGUCGACCCCUUCUCAUUGAAGACAUUCGUGAAGAGCUGGAUCCAGCCUUGGAUAAUGUAUUAGAGAAGAAUUUCAUUAAAUCAGGCACCACUUUCAAGGUGAAAGUUGGUGAUAAGGAAUGUGAUAUCAUGGAUACAUUUAAACUUUAUAUUACUACUAAGUUACCAAACCCUGCCUUUACCCCUGAGAUCAAUGCUAAAACAUCCGUCAUUGAUUUUACUGUUACGAUGAAAGGACUUGAGAAUCAGUUACUAAGGAGAGUAAUUCUAACAGAGAAACAGGAGUUAGAGUCUGAGAGGGUUAAACUUUUGGAGGAUGUUACUUUUAAUAAGCGGAAGAUGAAAGAACUUGAAGAUAACCUCCUCUAUAAAUUAAGUGCCACAAAAGGUUCCUUGGUAGACGAUGAAUCUCUCAUUGGUGUCCUCCGAACUACCAAGCAGACAGCAGCUGAAGUAAGUGAGAAGUUACACGUGGCCGCAGAAACAGAGAUCAAGAUUAACACAGCUCAGGAGGAGUUCCGGCCUGCGGCCACCCGCGGAAGCAUCCUCUACUUCCUCAUCACAGAGAUGAGCAUGGUCAACAUCAUGUAUCAGACGUCGCUGGCCCAGUUCUUGAAGUUAUUUGACCAGUCCAUGGCCAGGUCUGAAAAGUCUCCGCUACCUCAAAAGAGAAUUACAAAUAUUAUUGAGUAUUUGACAUACGAAGUGUUUACAUACUCGGUCAGAGGCCUAUACGAAAACCACAAAUUCCUCUUCGUACUUCUCAUGACCUUAAAGAUCGAUCUGCAGAGAGGAACGGUUAAGCACAAAGAAUUUCAGGCUCUCAUUAAAGGGGGCGCAGCUCUGGAUCUGAAAGCCUGCCCUCCCAAACCCUUCCGCUGGAUCCUCGACAUGACGUGGCUGAAUCUUGUUGAGCUGAGUAAACUUCCACAAUUUACAGAAAUUAUGAACCAGAUAUCUCGUAACGAAAAGGGAUGGAAAAGCUGGUUUGAUAAAGAUGCUCCAGAGGAGGAAAUUAUCCCAGAUGGAUAUAAUGAUUCUCUGGAUACAUGCCACAAACUUUUACUUAUCAGGUCUUGGUGCCCAGACCGUACUGUUUUUCAAGCAAGAAAGUAUAUUGCAAAUUCUUUGGAGGAGAAGUACACAGAACCGGUUAUCUUAAAUCUGGAGAAAACUUGGGAAGAAAGUGAUACACGAACACCUCUGAUAUGUUUCCUGUCCAUGGGAUCUGAUCCCACCACCCAGAUUGAUGCAUUGGCCAAGAAACUGAAACUGGAAUGUAGAACUAUCUCAAUGGGGCAAGGACAAGAAGUACAUGCUCGAAAGCUGAUUCAGAUGUCCAUGCAGCAGGGUGGUUGGGUAUUACUGCAAAAUUGUCACCUUGGCCUGGAAUUCAUGGAAGAAUUACUAGAGACACUAAAUACCACCGAAGCCAAUGAUGAUUCUUUCCGAGUAUGGAUAACUACUGAGCCCCACGAUCGAUUUCCAAUUACACUGCUUCAGACUUCUCUCAAAUUCACUAACGAGCCACCCCAAGGUGUACGUGCAGGUUUGAAAAGGACAUUUGCCGGAAUUAAUCAAGACCUUCUGGACAUCAGUAAUUUACCCAUGUGGAAGCCAAUGCUGUACACAGUAGCAUUCUUACACUCCACGGUGCAGGAACGACGAAAAUUUGGUCCCUUAGGAUGGAAUAUUCCCUAUGAAUUCAAUUCUGCUGAUUUUUCAGCCAGUGUUCAAUUUAUUCAGAAUCACCUUGAUGAAUGUGAUAUUAAAAAAGGUGUGUCGUGGACUACAGUUCGGUACAUGAUUGGAGAAGUACAAUAUGGAGGCAGAGUGACAGACGAUUUUGAUAAACGUCUACUUAAUUGCUUUGCUAGAGUCUGGUUCAGUGAGAAGAUGUUUGAACCAUCAUUCUGUUUUUAUACUGGAUAUAAAAUCCCCUUGUGCAAAACCUUGGACCAGUAUUUUGAAUACAUCCAGUCAUUGCCAUCCCUAGAUAACCCCGAAGUCUUUGGGCUUCACCCUAAUGCUGAUAUCACGUAUCAGAGUAACACUGCCUCUGCUGUUCUUGACACAAUUACCAACAUUCAACCCAAAGAGAGUGGAGGUGGUGGGGGAGAGACCCGGGAAGCCAUUGUUUACAGAUUAUCUGAAGAUAUGCUGAGCAAACUGCCUCCCGAUUACAUUCCUCAUGAGGUGAGCU